UGACGAGGGGCAGGAAGACGAAGGAGAGCCGGCCAUGGUCCUCCUGGGGAGGAUGGAAGAUCUGCUGGAAAAAGUGGGAAGAUACCAGCGGAAGCUGCAGAUCCUGUGUGAAGAAGCCCGAGGGUGGGAGGCCAACCUGCCUGAGGUCUUCCUUUACGACUCCGGACCUGAGCCUUCGCCAGGUCAGCAGGGGUGCCCAAGAGUUGCGACCGUGGGGACAGGCCCCAGGUCGGGUAUGACCUAUAGACCCCCCACGUCGCAUGGGAGGGUGCCACAGGCGGCUCGGACCAGGAGCCAAAACAAGGUCGGGCCUAGCCAAGAGCCCUGUCAGGAGCCCAGUCAGGCGCGCAGUCAGGCACCCCCUCGAAAGGAGCCUGAGCCAGGGCGUAGGAGGGAGGUGGUGGAGGUCCCGAAGGAAGAGGAUGAGGAUGACGACGAAGAGGAUGAGAGGCUCCGACAAGAGGAGGAUCAGCGGGUGGAGAUGAGGGCAAAAAAGAGAGGAGCCCGGGAGGAGGCCGAGCCAAGCCUGCCUGACAGCGUGCCUAAGAGGAAGAAGUACGUUGUCCGGAUGGAGGAAGGCUUCGAUGUAGAGCGAAUGGUGGACAAGCUCCUGGAAGGCCACAAUGACUUGAUGAACCUAAAGGACAUCCUAGCGUCGGCGCCAAAGCUCAGUGGUGAGCUGAAGGGGCGACUCUCGCGAAGGCUGGUGCCUAAUGUCCAUCUGAGUACGGUCCUGCCCAGGGAGGUAGAAUGGACUGAGGCAGGAACAAGGAUGGAUUGGAAAUGUGUGGCGUGCGGGCCGGUGGAUCUGGUGAUAAAAAACCAGAAGUGCACUUGGAUGGUGGACACGGGCGCAGAAAUGAACAUCAUCAGGGAGAAGGAGGCGGUGAUGAUGGGGAUGGAGAUUGACCGUUCGGAUCACGGUAUGCAGCACGGCGCCAACUGUAAGGCCGCUUUUUGCGGCACGGCGUCCAACGUGAUCAUAGAGAUCGGGAAGGUGCGGGCGAGGACCUGUUUUUUCGUUAUGCCCGAUGUCGAUUAUUCCAUCCUUCUGGGGCGGUCGUUCCUGUGCCGAACGGAAACGUUGAUUUUUAAUAAGCACGACAGGACAAUGAUCCUGCUCCUAUGCGAUCCAACGUGCGGGAACUACGAAGUUAUCACCUGCCGAAACAUGGGGCCGAGAAGCGGAAGGAACAGGCCUAACCUCGGCUCGUUCACCUUCGAGGAAUCGGAGAACGAGCUAAGACGGCUUUGGGAAGUGCCCGAGGAGGAAGAUAGGACUGAGGUGCUGACAUUGAGCCUCACAGACGUAAACAAGGCCAUGGAGGUGGUGGCGGCUCACGACAUGGCGGAUCCGGAGGCCAUUAAGGCAUUGAGGGAACAGGUUUUGGAAAACCCUCAGGGCUCCCAAAGGCGGUACAAGACCGUAGAUAAGAAGUGUCGCUCAGUUUCCGUGCUCGUCACAGAGGAUGAGGAAGCCUACUACGAGCGGGAGAGAGGAUUGAUACGGCGUAUGCGGGAGCACGCGUUGGCCGGGUCGUGUCGUAUCAACGACGAGAAUGAGGGGAAGCUGAUAAUUGGGGAGCCCGACUUCCUGUCGCCCCAGGAGAGAGCAUUGAUGGUGGGGCUGAUGAAGAAAAGGCACCUCGCGUAUGCGUUCAAUGACGACAAGCGUGGGAGGCUGGAUGUGGACAAGAUCCCGAUGAUCCGGAUCCACACAGUCCCACACGAGCCAUGGAAUCUAAGGGGCGCACGGUACCCCAAUCCGUACGAAGAGAAGAUGGUGGUGGACUACUUGGAUGGCAAAAUGCGCACGCACGACUUACAACGGUCAAAUGUCGUGACAGUGCAGGAUGCGGGGGGGUUGCCGAAUGCGGACGCAUUGUCAGAAUCGUGCGCAGGGAGGCCUAUAAUCUCGCUUAUAGACCUCUACUCUGGGUACGACCAAUUCCCCGAUUACCCGCCAGACAGGCCCGUAACGGCGAUGCACACACCCAGAGGGCUGAUUCAUAUGAACGUGGCGCCUCAAGGUUGGACGAAUGCAGUGGCGAUGGUACAAAGACACAUGAUUAGAGUCAUGCAGACGGUUAGUCCACAUAUCACCCAGCCCUACAUCGAUGACCUGGCGGUCAAAGGUCCAAAGGAGAAGAAGGAAAACGAAGUGAUGCCUGGAGUGAGGCGCUUCGUUUGGAAGCAUGUCCAGGUCAUCGAUCAGGUUCUGAGUUUAUUGGAGCCGGAUGUAAAGAAGACGGACAAAAUCAUUGAGUGGUCAGUGCCCUUCCGUUCGAUAACAGAUGUGAGGAGCUUCCUUGGGACAUGCGGGUUUUGGAGGAGCUUCGUGAAGGACUUUGCCACGAAGACGGAGCAUUUAAGGAAGUUGGUGCGUCAAGAUCAGGAAUGGGUCUGGGGCGAAGACCAGGAAGAGGCGGUCGGUAGGAUGAAUGGAGAGUUUAAGGAAAGGGGCUUGGUAUUGGGAGCGCCGAAUUAUAAGGCCAUGGAGGAAAGACCAUUCGUUAUCGAGACGGACGCUGGGCCAACUGCCUUGGGGGGAGUCCUGAUUCAGGCAGAUACUGAAGGGAAGGAGAGGCUGCUAAGGUUUGAAAGUCGUACCCUCAAUACAACUGAGAGGAACUACUCUCAGUUCAAGAAGGAGACGCUGGCGGAGAGGUCAGCGCAAAGGCCUGGGGAGCCCCUACACCCAAGGUUGGAGAGGGAAGUGGGUGCGGUCGUACACCUGGACCUGUUAUUCAUGCCAGCAGGGGAGAAUGGGUGUAACUAUAUCUUCGAUGCACGAGAUAACCUUACUGGGUUUGUGGACGGUCGAGCUAUCCGAACGAAAACUGGCCCAGUUUUGGCAAAUUGCAUCGAGGAGUACUACCUGCGCUAUCCUUCUAUCAAGGAGUUCGUGAUGGAUCGAGGAUCAGAGUUUACCUGCAAUGAGGUGCGAACUUUGCUUGCAGGGUAUGGUGUAGUGGCUAACUAUACUACGGUCGUGCAUCCUCAAGCGAAUGCACCCGUGGAGAGGGGGCACAGUACCAUCACGGAUCUCUUGGCUAAAUGGACAGAGGGCAAGCAUGCCACGCUAUGGUACGGGAGGCACGCCACCUUUCCCAUAGAAAGCUUUAUGAAGACGUGGAGACGCCAGGACUUGGAGGUGAACCUAUCCUUCGAAGAGCUGCUCAAUAUUCGGGCGCGGCAAGUGGAGGCGGCCGAGGAAAGAUUGCGAAAGGCCGCUGGUCAGGUAGAGAGGAGCCGCAUGGAAGAUGAGAUGAGGUGGGACCAGAUGGCGCGAGUAAGGAAGGAGUCGUUGGCAGUGGGGGAUGUUGUGUUACUGUACGACUUCUCUCUGGAGAAGCAAUGGUCGAGGAAGCUUGACAAGAGAUGGAUGGACCCCUAUAGAAUCUUGCGAUGUGGCGAAUUUGGGGUCUAUCAGAUCGAGGAGCUGGACGGGACAGGCUGGCAAGAUUGGGUGUCGGGGACCAGGUUGAAGAAGUUCGUGACGCUGAGGGCUUCGCCGUUGGGACGAGAUGGGUUGCCUAUUCGAUUGGAGGAAGGCAAUGUGGAGGAGUUCAUCCCGGCCUAUGAGCAGUAUAUGCACGAUCAGGGGACAAGGCAGGAGGAGUGGAUGCAGACAUUGCCCCUCUGGACACGGAGCGCGGAGCGGCCACUAGCAAGGCAGAUUCGGGACAGGGCGCGCGAUUGGGAGGACUGUCAGGCUCAGUUGAGACAGGCAUUUCGACGACUGGAGCCCGAGAGACCAGAGACCAGGGUGGAGAGACGACAGAGGAGCAAGAGGCCACGGGAUCCGGAGGCAAGAGGAGCUACUACGACCAGGGGAGGACGGAAGGCCUUGGCACAGCGAGAGGAGCCAGUGGGACCCGCCCAGGCGGCGGAGCCAGUUCAGGUCGCAGGGCCGGCUCAGGUAGCGGAGCUACCCGCUACCCAUGCACUUGAGCAGGUGGAGUUUCGCCGGAUCACAGGCAGUGACCUACGGGACCCGUCACCGACCCUGCCAGAGGAAGGGGAAGCUGUACCGUUGAGGAUGCCGCUCGACAGCCUGGAGGCCCAUCUCGAUGCAUCCCAGUGGAGGACGUCGCAGCUAGGAGCGGGUCAGAGCGGACCAGCGUGGUACGAGCCAGCAGAGGAUGAGACAGAGGCGGAGCCGCGUGGGUCAAAGGAGCCGCGGGCUGAGGGGGUUAUUACUGUUGGGGACGAUACCCCUCCUCCUAUUCCGAUUCCGAAGCAGGCGCGACCAUAUUGGCCUAAGGGGAUUCCAGAGCCGGACAGUGAGGAGAUGUCAGUACCUCCAUCGGAAGCUACUACGCCACCUCCGACGCAGGCGGGGCCAGAAGAGAGCGAGAGGGUGAGGACAUCUGCUACCGUGGCACCACAGCUAGCUGAGCAUGCAGCUGAGCCCCUAGACACUGAGAUGCCAGCAUCCGAGGGGCCACCGCCAGGGUUGCCACACGUAGAGGAAGGGGUGCGUCUCGAGGAGAUAUACCAGGAGAAGGUUAGAAUGGAGGUCGCAGGGGAAGCGCCAAAGCCACCAAUCGACCCUCCGACGAGCGAGCAAAGGAUUGAUGAGAUUUGGGCCAGUUAUGAGGGUAAGAGGGAUGCUGCCCGCUUGAGAUCGCGAGAGGCGGGGCAGGAGGACGGAAGGGUGGAUGAGGCGCGAGAGACCGGGGACCUGGGGUUCUCAGCCACCAGGAUGGCGAUCGAGCGCGCAGAUAGGAGGAUACGCGAGGUGGCGGUCACGUCCUUCCAACGGUACUCCAUGCUAAGUGAUGAGUUGGCGGCCUCAAGGUUAGAGGUGGCGCAGUUGUCCACCCAGCUGGCGGAAGAGAGGGCAGAAAACCAAGCGUGGAGGGCCCGCAUGGAAGCCAAGGAGGCGGAAUGGGAGAAGAGGUUCCAGGACAUGGCAGCGAUGGUGGAGAGGCUCUCAGCCACUAAGGUGGUCGAUUGGACGGAGCAGAGCCGGUAUGGUAUCCAGGGGAAGGAGGUACAGGGGCUUUUUGGCCAGGAAGGGACGACAGAGCCACCUCAGCAAGGGGGAAUGGGGAAGGUAUUCCUGGAUCCAACAGAGGUGGCAGCGAGGCGGGAGGCCGAAGAGGGGAGGUUCAACUUCAGGACUCCCACGGAGCUGGCCUCGCAACAGGCCACCCCUAUGACGAUUGAGAUCUCUGAAGGCGAGCCGGCGCAGAUACCCCGACCUCCAGUGGCGGAAGGAGGCCCCACGGAGAAGUCCCCUACGAUCCUUUUGGAGGUGCAGGGGGGCACCCUCACAGGGGCAGCAGUGUCUGCGGAGCCUGAGGUGAGGGAGGGGGAGGCAUCUUGUUUGGAUGAGUUAGUGGCAGCUAUGGAGCUGGAGAUGCCAUCAGGAGAGCCUCAGAGACAGGAGACCCCGGAGCGUGUGCCAGAGAUGGGGGAGCUGAGGACGCAGUUAGGCUCUUGGGCUACUGGAGCUGACUCAGGAGAGCACAUCUCCGAGCAGCAUCAGGAGGUUAUGAGCGAGUCAGCGACUGUCGUGAUUCCCCAGCCUUAUGACCUGCAUAGGGACGAGGGGGCGACUGUGAUGGGAGGGGUCGGCGAGGGUAGGCCACAGAGGUUGGAUACUCCGGCGUACCAGCCUGAGGGAGGCGAGACGCGGGCAGGGCCGAACACCCCAAUGUUGAAGGUGAGACCGGCAGAAUCAUGGAGUAUGCCCCAGAUCCACGAGAUGAGCAGGGAGGCUAGCGAGACGCCGUCGUUGUCAAAAUCCCAGAAGAAGAAGGGAAGGCGUCAGAGGAGGUCAGACGAACAGUGCUUCUUCUGCAAGCAUGGCGUACAUAGAGCCCUUGAGUGUUCAAAGUUCCUCAAAGACAAAGCCGUUGGGAAAGUGACAGAGGGUGGUGGGAGGAUGUACGACAGACAGGGGCGAGUGGUAGAGCGGGCUCCAGAUGGGGGUAGGGCACAGUUGUAUAGGCAGAACCAGGAGGUUAUGAGUGAGUAGGGGCUGGUCUGUCUAUAUGAUAGUAGGAUUAGAGUUCCACUAUACGCAGAGGUCGGGUUAGGGAUGUACAUACUCUGAGUCGGUUGAGUGGAUUCUAGGGGUGUGCACGUUUGAGUCCGCCGAGAGAGUCCUGUCUAGUUGUACAUACAUAGGUGGAGGACUUACCGAAAUUGUGGGAAUACAGAACUGGUGAUAUGGGAUGGGGCGUAAGCCGAGCUGCGGUGUACGUGGGCUGGCGUGAUGGCGGAGGUGGGUAGCCAGGAGGGGCAGUGGUGUCGAGAGUGUGUAGCGAACUGUGCACCUGGCCUCGUUCAGCAACAAAACUUAGGCAACGUU